AUGAAAGAUUAAAACUUUUAAGCUAAUCCCAAUCAAGAUCAAGCUACAGAGAGUAUUUAAGAUCAAAUUCUGAGAGAAUAGAAUUUCGAAUAACUGAAGUUAAAUAGCCUUAAAUUUGCUAAAGAAGAUAAAAAUAAUGGGGCUAAGACUGAAGAUAGCUCCAGUGAUAAUGAUAACAAUGAGAGUGACUCCUCAGAUGAUAACGAGGAGUCAGAUUCUGAUUCAGAGGAUGAAGAGGGACACACUAAGAUUCAGAAGUGCCUUAAGAAAGGGUAAGUACUUGAAAGUUUUGAACUAGCUAAGCAAAUAAAGAAGUAAAAAAUGCUUAAAUAGUAAAUGACUCAGUAGAUAUAUCAGUAAUUCAAUAAGCCACUUGAUAAACCCUAGAACUCGUUGAUGUAUCAAGACUUUGACCUGAACGAUGUUAUAGAGCAGAUGAAUUAAGGUUAUGGAGAAGAUUAUGACGAAGAUGACGAUGAUGAGAAUAAUAAUGAGUAUAAGAGCAUGAGUCUAAAGAAAUUGACUUUUAGACCUUAUGACUCCUCUGAUUCAGGAGACAGCGAGGAUGAAACCUAGAAUAACAGAAAGAGCAGUAACAACAACUCAUCUUCUAAUUCUUCAAAUGAAGACGAUGAUGAAGAGGAAAAAGACCCAGAAAAGCUCUUGUAAAAUCAAGUUCUUAAAAGAAAGCAAUUUAUGAAAGAUCAGCAAAACAUGAUAAAGAUAUAGUAAGACCAACAACGCCAGAAUAAUAAUAAUAUUAAUAAUAAUAAUAAGUAGUUUUAGCCUUAACAAUACACUAAUAAGAUUGAAUUAAAGGGGAAAUUCGGACUUGGUUGUGGCUAUACAGACCUUAUGAAUGAUGAAGAUGAAGACGACGAUGAUGAUGAAGACGACUGCAUUGAUUAUAAAGCACAUCUUGAGGAUGAUGAUGAAGAAAAUGAGGAAGAUUUAAUGAAUUAGUACAUAGGAGGAGGUGAUAGAUACAGUUUAGGCAGAAAUCAAAUAAUGACAAGAAGUUAAAAUGUUGGUGCAAUGGCAGGUCUAAGGAGUAUGAAUGGUAUUGUUUAGAAAAAAUAGGAGCCUUCAGAUGUCAUUUAAACCCCUGACCUUAAAUUAGAUAAUCUUGAAUAUUAUCUGUUGAAACUAGGUACGUGUUUAAACCCUGCUCCUUACGAUAACUAGAGACGCCAAGUUAUAAUCAAAAUAUAAGAGAGAAACUUUAAAUUUAUAUAAGACUUAGGCUAAUUUUUGGAGAUACUUGAUGAAAAGAAUAAAAAUGAACUUGCCUUAAAAGAAGCUUAAUAAAGAUAGCAGGAGGAAUUAAAAUUAAAAGAGAAAAAUGAGUAAUAGUAAAUAGAGUGUGAUUAGAUGGCAAUUGACGAAUCAAACAAAUAAAUAGAUGUUAGUAAAAUACCUAUAAAAUCUGCUUUUGAUAACAAUGAAGAAUAGCCUAUUUCAUGUAAUGAGGAAUAAGCGAUAUCAUUGACUUAAUAGAGAUUGAAUAAUGUAUCAGGAAUUUAUAAGUUAUUGCUAAAGUUAGAAGAUUAGAACAUAUUAGAGGCGCUCAUGACUAAUAGAUUUUAUCUCUAAACAUUUAGAGCAGUAGAAUUAAUCCCUGAAUAUAGAGAUUUAAAAUGUGUGGAUUAUAUGAAGAUUGCUAAAUAUAGAUAAAUAAUCGAUAUUAGUUCACCCUAUAUAGAAAAGAAAAUCCCGAUUCUCUUCAGGCUUAACUAUUUAAAAGAGCAUAUUUUUGCAAAGGAGGAUGUAAAUUAACUUAGAACUCUUAAUAAACUGAUCUUAGACUACUCCUAAGCAAUUUUAAAUCAUGUAUUAACAAAGAACGACUUGUUGAAGCAGUUGCUUGAAAGUUUCUAAAGACCAGAUAAGACUUUGCAGGAUCAUGUGGAUGUUGCUUCCUUUAUAUUUGAGUUGAUUAACAGAUGCAAACAGCCUCAAAGCCAGAUAAGAGUUGGCACUAUCCAGGAAAGUCUGAUUAGGAAAAAUAAUUCAAUGUGUUUUAUCAAAUAUGCCCUUUAAACAGAUCCUAGAAUGAAAAGAAAAGCCAUAGAGCUAGGAUUAUUAAAAGAGGAAGUUUAAAUCUAAUUUUAAUUAUAAAAUACACAAGAGACUUUUCAAACAAUCCAAGUUGAGCUCUAGUAUGAGUAAACAAAAUAAAUAAAUGGAGAAGAUAAUUUUAAGAAUGAAAAUAAGAUAAAUGAAGAUACUGAAAUGAAAGAUGAAUGUGAUAUUUAAGCAAAAGUUGGGUAAAAUAUAGAUUCCCAGUAAAUAUCUGAAAAUAUGGUAUUGACUGAAACGUCGAAAUAGAGUUAAAUAGAAUCUCAAAAUUAGCAGCAGGAAUUACCUUGUAGCUUUGAAUGUCCACCUGAUAAUCUUGAUGAAUUAAAAAAUAACAUAAUCAAUGAAGAAAUUCAAAUUGAUCAACAAUCUGAAACAAAUUAAUCAAUAGAUAGCAAAUUAGAAGUGAAUAGAUCUUAAGAAUAAUAAAAUAUAGAUUCGAAUAGCUUAGGGGAAGUUUAAGAUAACAUUUUAGUGACAGUACUUGACUACUUAUACUUUUUAUAGCAAAUGCUAUUUAAAGAUGUAAUUUUGUACUUUCUCCAAGACUCUGAGAUCUCAUAAAUCCUGUCAUUACACUUUUUCAUAACAGAAAAUGAAGGUAUUAGACUUCAGAUCAUAGAGACUUUCAAGCAGAUCAUAGAUGGAACUUCAAGCGAGACUCAGUAACAACAAGUAGAGAAAAUGCUUAAAAACUCACUAUUUAAGUUGUUUCUGGUGAUCAUAAAAACUAAGGACGUAAAUCAAUACUCCUAGGCUAUUUAAUAUGUUUUCGAGUUUUUACAAUACAUUUGUAAACCUACUAUUUAGUAGCUUUAGUAAGCUAUCCCAACCUCAUUUGGAACUAGUGAAUAUCGAAGAGAGAGAAAGUCGAAUACAAUCAUCAUGAGAAAUUUUAUCUUAGAGGAGAAGUUAACUGCCUUAGCACUUGGUUUUAUUAGUGAUGUGAAGGUUAAUAAAUACAUUAGAUUGAUGUGUGUGAAAUUUAUAAAGUCUUUGCUGAAUUCAGAGGACAUCAGCUUUUAUCAAAAUAUUAAUAAGCAUGAUGUAAUGCAAUCAAUUUUGAGAGGACUUGAAGAAGCGAAGGAAAAGAAAAAGGCUUAAUACAAUAUGCUUGAAUCUACUAUUUUUGAGUUGAUCAAUCUUUAUGCUAAAAAGAUUUUGGAAAAAGAUCUAGAUAGCAAGGAAUUCACUAAUUUUGUUAAGGAAAAUUAAGCAAAGUUAGCUUGGAAUAAAGGUCUAUUUAAAAUGUUCUUUGAUGACAACUUGCAUUUAAAACUUAAAAAUUUAGGCAGAACUAGAGCAACAACAUAAGCAAUUACAAAUCAAAUAACUAACAAGUACAAUUAAACUUUAAAGAAAAGAGUUGAAACUUAAUUGUUACGCAGACAAGCUAACAAUUUGGGAGUAGUAUUACCAGCAUAGAAGAGAAGUUAGUCUGUAGAAUCAGAAAGGAGAACUUUCACAUUUGAAGAUUUGAUCAAGAGAGAUUAUCAAGAUAAUGAAGAAGAAUUCAAAAACUUGAUUUGUAGAGUAGGCACUAAAAGAUCUUCCAGUGUUGCUAAUUUUAUAUAAAAUGGGAAUUUAAAGUCAUUUAACUCUGAUUCUAUAUCCAAAGGGACAUUGUAAGAUAACGAAGUUGAUGACGAUGAGGAAAUUGAUAUGGAAGAGUUGAUUUAAAGAAAGAGAUAGAAAAUAGAGCAAAGUCAUUUUAAAUUCGCUUCAACUGUGAUUGGCAAUGGGCAAAAACUGGGCAGCAUAAUUGGAUAAAUUUAGAAUUUUAAAACAUCACCAACUAAAAUUGAAGAUUAAAAUUCUUUUACCUGGGAUGAUGAUGAAGAAAUGGAAUCAGAUAGCUGCCAAUCUUUGAAUGGCAAUUUGAACUAGCUUAGCAUUAAUAAUAAAAAUAGCAAAAAUACUUCACCAGCUAAAGGACCAUCACCAAUUAAAACUCUUUUAUAAAAUUCAGAAUCCCAAAAGAAUCACUCAGAUAUUAUGAGCUUUUUCUUUAGUAGCAAUAAUGAGCAAACCGAAAAUAACAAGAUGCAGAGUGGCGAUAUUAACUCAAGCUCUGAGAUUAAUAAAAUUUCCUAGAAUCUUGAUAAAAUUAUUGAAGAAAUUCAAACUGAGAUCUAAGCCUCUGAAAUUUCUAAAGAUGCAUUGGAUAUUCAAUAGCCAUCCCAGCAAUUGCAGCAACUUGAGUUUAACUCAGAAAAUAAAAUUAAUAUCAUUGAACUUAGCGCCAUCAGUUCAAGCAAUAACAACUUAGAUAUAGUAAAGAGUAACACUUGA